AUUAAAUACACACCAUAUAAAACAGGGAAGGGUAACAAAAUCUAUCAUGAUUCCAUUCAUUUGUUGGUAGCAAGAACAAGAGUGACGAUAAUGGAAGCUCUGCUGAGCUCCUCCGCAACUCUACGACUCCGGCCACCGCUUUCUGGCUCCUUCUCGUCCAAACCCUCGCUUCCUCACUCUACAUUCACUCACCCCGCCAUCAAAACCUCAAGAAAUUUUCCUUUUUCUCGCAAAAACUCACAAUCUAAAUCGCACCCUUGUUUCCGAGUCUGCGCGAGUUCUUCUUCGAGAUCUGCAACUGAAACCGCUGUCGGUUCUACAACAGUUCCUUCUGAGAUGAAAGCCUGGGUGUACGAUGAAUAUGGUGGUGUUGAUGUACUGAAGUUCUCUUCGAAUGUUACGGUGCCAGAAGUUAACGACGACCAGGUUUUGGUAAAGGUUGUGGCUGCGGCACUUAAUCCUGUUGAUUUCAAGAGACGGCUUGGUAAAUUUCAGGCCACAGAUUCCGCCCUACCGACUGUUCCAGGAUACGAUGUCGCCGGAGUGGUGGUUAAGGUGGGAAGCCAAGUAAAAAGCUUGAAAGUAGGAGAUGAAGUAUACGGAGAUAUAAGCGAGAAGGCACUCGAUGGACCUAAACAGUCAGGCUCUUUAGCCGAGUACACAGCCGUUGAGGAGAAACUUCUCGCUUUGAAGCCAAAAAGCUUAGAUUUUGCACAGGCUGCGAGUCUUCCUCUUGCAAUUGAAACCGCAUAUGAAGGUCUAGAGAGAGCCGGUUUCUCAAAAGGUAAAUCAAUCCUUGUCUUGAAUGGUGCUGGUGGAGUUGGAUCGCUUGUGAUUCAGCUUGCGAAGCAAGUAUUUGGUGCUUCAAAAGUAGCUGCAACAGCUAGUACAUCAAAACUCGAGCUGCUGAAAAGCUUAGGUGCUGAUUUAGCAAUUGAUUACACGAAAGAGAACUUCGAAGACUUGCCAGAUAAAUACGAUGUUGUAUUUGAUGCAAUUGGACAAGGGGAGAAAGCGGUGAAAGUGGUGGUGGAAGGCGGCAGUGUGGUGGUGUUAACCGGUGCAGUGGCAGAACCAGGGUUUAGAUUUGUGGUGACGUCAACUGGUUCCACUUUGACUAAAUUGAAUCCGUAUUUGGAGGAUGGGAAGGUGAAGGCUGUGCUUGACCCAAAUGGUCCAUUUCCGUUUGACCGGGUCAAAGAAGCUUUUGCAUACCUUGAAACUGGUCGAGCUACUGGAAAGGUUGUUGUAUAUCCUGUUUCAGAAGAUUAUAUAUUGGAAAAAAUGGCAAAAUAAAUGUAAACAAACAAACAUCAAAC